AUGGGGGAUUUCGAUUUCGAUUCUUCAUCUGAUAUAUCGGAUUUGAGCUCCGCACCUUCAUCACCAAGACUAGAAUCGUCACCAGAGCCAGCAGAGCGAUACCCGACGCCUUCAUCCCAAGAGGGAGCUGAGGAGGGUUCUGCACGCCAAGCCCGUCCAAAGAGGAGACGCAACCCCCUACCAAAGGAACGGACCACUCAAUAUCUCGAUCUAUCCAAAUCUCUUUAUGAACAAAAUGAUCAACAUUAUUUGCUCGUUCAAACUCUGCGUCACCAAAAAGACAUUGUCGUCAUCGCUGGCGCCGGCAUUUCCACUGCUGCGGGUAUUCCGGACUUUCGCUCCACAGAUGGUCUCUUUAAAUCAUUGCAAAAGAAACAUAACUUGAAAGCCUCCGGCAAGCUUCUCUUCGAUGCUGCCGUCUAUCAGGAUGACGCAUUGACCGCCCCCUUUCACGAAAUGGUCCGGUCGCUGUCGGAGGAGGUCGCCAAUAUUAAGCCCACCGCCUUCCACCAAAUGCUCGCCCGAUUAGGUAUCGAGUCUCGCCUCAAGCGACUUUACACCCAAAAUAUCGAUGGCAUUGAAACCUCGAUGGGCCCACUGGCAACUGAGGUCCCACUUAAUGUCAAGGGUAGUUGGCCGGUCACUAUUCAACUACACGGUAGUAUUGAGAAGAUGGUAUGCCAGAAGUGUCGCUACCUCGCCAACUUCGAUCCCGACAUGUUCAUGAAAGCCGACCCACCCGAUUGCACAGAGUGUGCUGAAAUCGACGUAGCUCGCCAAGCCGUUGGUCAACGGAGUCACGGAAUUGGUCGAAUGCGCCCGCGCAUUGUCCUCUAUAAUGAGCACAACCCCGACGAAGAGGCAAUCACCUCUGUGAUGAAUGCCGAUAUCAAGUCCCGCCCUCGCGUCCUGAUUGUCGCCGGUACCAGCUUGAAGAUUCCCGGGGUCCGUCGACUCGUCAAGAGCUUGUGCACAAUGAUCCGCAGUCGCAAGGAUGGUGUCACAAUGUUCAUCAACAAUGAACCACCAAGCGGCAAAGAAUUCGACAACUGCUUUGACCUGAUCGUCAAGGGGUCAUGCGAUGAGGUUGCACGCCAGGCGAACCUAAAACCAUGGGAGUCAGAGGACAUUACCCCGCGCGUGUACGAAUCCUCGCCCGAGCCCAUUCCCCACAGCUAUUCCGACAUUUCUGUCGUAGUCACGCCGAGAAAAAGACCUCGCGCAGAUACUGGCCUCGUCACACCUUCUGCCAGUCAGGACGAGAAGCCCACGAAAAAGCCGGCCACCAAGGUUUCGAAAAUCAAGCUCGAGAAUCCAGCAAGCAAUGGCCGAAGCAUCAAAGACGUUAUCAACAACGGAAAGCCUACUUCUCGCAAGCCUACUACCUCCAAGUUCAUCACCAAGCCCGCCCCCAAUCCUCGUACCAAGAAGGUUGCAACUGCCUCGAAAAAGCGUGCUCCGGUCAAGCAAAAUGCCACCAUCACCUCGUACAGCGGCCGCGUUACCAAGACAUCUCUAUCUGCUGGCAAGAUCAGUACAAAGGCCGACCUCAAAGCUAUGCAGCCGGUCCCAGCGGGCGCCCCAAGGAACAACGGUACUCUGCCCAUCAGAUCAGGGCAACCCGAGAAAGCAGACAUCGCGCUCGACUCAGAGUCUCGUCCUCGGCCAGUGGCUUCCUCCUGA